CACUCGCUAAGCCGCCCCACACAGGUCGCACUCCCAAUUUUGCACUCCCAAUCGAGAUUCAAGAAUCGCUUCAUCACCAAACCACUUCCAUCUCCCGUUCAUCAACGUCAAUCAUCCAACAUGGGUAAGGUUCACGGCUCUCUCGCCCGUGCCGGUAAGGUCAAGGCUGCCACUCCUAAGGUCGAGCCCCAGGAGAAGAAGAAGAACCCCAAGGGUCGCGCCUACAAGCGUAUUCUUUACACUCGCCGUUUCGUCAACGUUACCAUGACCGGUGGCAAGCGCAAGAUGAACCCCAACCCCGGCCAAUAGAUUAUUCAAGUCGUUAAAACAACCACCUGAGCCGCGAUCGGCUAGUCGAGUUCUACGAUGAAAAUCUUCGCAUGACCACGGCACGACCACGGCCCAAACGAACGAAAGCACACCAGAUACGGCUGGUACUUGUACGGAUGAUAUCACGCUUCUUCGUCUUCACUUGAAUUUUUUUUUUGCUGGCAAUGGGUUUUUUUUGGAGGUUGAUUCGCGGAAAUGGAUGAAUACCCAUGGCGGUCUGAGGAUGGAAAGCUGUGGCUGGAUGUGAGCUGUCUACGGGCAGUUCUCGCAGGCUAGACUUCAGAGUCACUUUUCGACUCAUUUAAUAGGCUGUUUCAUGAAUUGCAUUUCCGAUCCAGAGAUGGACUCUGCCUCUUUUCCCAUGCUUUUC